CGGACGUCUUAUUUGGUUGCGCAGCAUGCCCUUGACUUCCUACGAGAGGUGAUAGCCGAAAAGUAAACGCUGGGAGGUCACUUGAAUAUCUGAAUUUGUUAGCAUGGGGUUUGUUCCAGACCUCGGGAAGUCUCUCCCUCCUCCGUCCGUCGCCAACAGGAACUCUCUGUGGCUCGCAGGCGUCGGCUGGUGCUCUGCGAUGCUCCAUAAUGCCAUCAACCACAGGCCACCGAUGAAGUCAGGUGUUCACCGACAAUUCCUAUUGGCAACCAUUGGUUGGUUCAUCGGCUACCACCUUACAAAAUAUGAGAAUUACACUUUCGCCAAACUUGAUCGAGAUAUGAGCGAGUACAUCAGACUCCACCCAGAGGAAUUUGCAGCAAAGGAAAAAAAGACCUUCGCAGAGAUCGUCGAGCCUUUCCAUCCUGUGCGCUAAGUGUCGGCAGCUGGUGAGAUGGAAGAGGGAGCGAGGAAACACUUGUAGACUACCACCUGUCUUGAGUGGUGUUUUUGUGAAAUCUGUCAUUUAUUGUGAGAAGAGUAGUUGUGUAAAUAAAAGAAAUACCUGAAUUCAA